AUGGUGAAAGCGCCAACAAAAAAGGCCGAUAUUGAAAAACUGUCGCCAAAGACCCUAUCGGAUAUUGCAGUUCGGGUUAAGAUCAUUUUACUUUGUCUUCUGGGUUUAGAAUGGGAUGCUGCGCUUCCCACAGAUAUCAAGAAAAGGUGGUUGAACUGGUGUGCAGAAAUGAAAUGUUUAAAAACUCCUGAAUUCCCUAGAAAGUUCUUUCAUAAAAUUAAUUACACGCAGCUGAGCGUUCAUAUAUUUUGUGAUGCGACACCUAGAGCUUUUGGAGCAGUGGCAUAUUUUAGAUACACUGAUGAAAAUAAGGAAAUUAAAACCAGUUUCAUAAUGGCAAAAAGUAGAAUAGCUCCCCUCAAAUCUUUAACCCUCCCCAGAUGUGAGCUAAUGGGAGCUGUUGUAGCUGCUCGCUUAGCUAAAUAUUUAAAACACGUUUUACCUAUGUUAAGCAACAAUAUUAUCUUUUGGAGUGACUCCCAAAUAACGCUACAUUGGAUAAGGAAAUCACCAAAUGUCUGGAAGCCAUUCGUUGGCAACCGUGUAGCAGAAAUCCAGGCAAUUUGCAACGCUAACCAGUGGUACCAUUGCAGUAGCAAAGAAAAUCCUGCAGAUCUAUUGUCUCGAGGGGAACGAGCUGAGACCAUCAUCUCCAGUCCAUUGUGGCAAAACGGACCAAGUUGGCUUAUCCAGCCUGAAAAUUUGUGGCCUAAAAGACCGAGCAUGGAAGAAAAUGAGGAAGAGAUAUCCGUAGAAAAGAGAAAGACUCAUAAUGUCCUACAAGCUGUUAUUAACAACAAGGACUCUGAACAAAGUUAUAAUUCAUUGCUCGAUUUAAAUCAGUUUAGUAAAUUAAACAAGGUAUACCGAAUAACAGCGUGGAUAUAUAGGUUCAUCAACAAUUCUAACCCUAGAUCCGAAAGACUUUGUGGACUAUUAAGCGCUUCUGAAAUAAUGAAUGCAGAAAAAAUACUGGAUUAA